GCCCGGUUCACGGCAGACUGCCAGUUUCGGGAGCGCUUCCAGGAGAACAGCUACAACACCUACGCCUCGGCCAUCCACCGCAGCCCACGCUCAGGCCGCCAGUGGUACGUGGCUCUCAACAAGCGGGGCAAAGCCAAGCGGGGCUGCAGCCCCCGUGCCCGGCCCCAGCACGUCUCCACGCACUUCCUCCCCCGCUUUCGGCAGCCCCAGCCCCCGGAGCUCGCCUUCACUGUCACCCUCCCUGAAAAGAAGCCCCCACCACCACCAAAACCAAAGGUUGCCUCAUCCCCACCUUGGAAAAACCCCAGCCCCGUCAAGUACCGUCUGAAGUUUCGCUUUGGGUAG